AUGGCUCUGCCGAGCACCUGCACCAAGGUUUUUUGUCCUAACCUCUCCGGUGCACAGGUGAAAAUUGCGCUGUGCCAGCUCGCCACCUCCGUAGACAAGGAUGAGAACAUCAAGAUUGCGACCAGCGCAAUCAAGGAAGCUGCAGCGGCCGGAGCGAGCCUGGUGGUGCUGCCAGAGAUGUGGAACUGCCCCUACUCGAAUGACUCCUUCCCCACGUACGCAGAGGACAUCGAUGGGGGCGCGUCCCCCAGCGCAGAUGCUCUCUCUGCAGCCGCUGCGGCCAACGCUGUGACGCUCGUGGGGGGGUCCAUCCCUGAGAGGAGCACAGACCGCCUGUACAACACCUGCCUGGUGUUCAGCCGGGAGGGCGCCCUGCUGGCCAAGCACAGAAAGGUGCAUUUGUUUGACAUAGACAUCCCGGGGGGAGUGACCUUCAAGGAGUCGGAGACGCUGUCGCCCGGGGAGGCCAUAACCGUGGUGGACACUGACGCCGGCCGCCUGGGCAUCGGCAUCUGCUACGACAUCCGUUUCCCAGAACUCGCGCAGAUCUAUGCGCAGCGAGGCGCCCAGCUCAUCGUCUACCCCGGUGCCUUCAACACGACGACGGGGCCGGAGCACUGGGAGUUGCUGCAGAGGGCGCGAGCGGUGGACAACCAGCUGUUUGUGGCAGCCUGCUCGCCUGCGCGCAACCCCAAAGCAUCCUACCAGGCUUGGGGGCACUCCACAGUCGUCAGCCCCUGGGGAAAGAUCCUGGGCACGACAGAUGAGACGGCAAGCUUCGUGUAUGCAGAGCUGGACUAUGCAGAGAUGGAGAUCCGUCGGCUCAACAUGCCACUCACACAGCAGAAACGAUAUGACUUGUAUUCUUUGGUGGACAAGACUUGA